AUGGGGGAAGCGGGCUGACGGAUCCAUAACAGACGACCAAAGAAGGCUAUAUUGUGCAGCGUCUGGGAAGGCGGAGAGGCAACGCAGCUCCUGUUUUGCAGCGCUGUCAGCCGAGCAACCGAGAGGUUCCCGCUUAGACUGGCGACAACUUAACCCACAGGGCGCCGCUCAGCGCGCAGGUGGAGAGGCUGCCCAACCCCUGACCCCUCCUUCGCCGUUCUCCCCACGCCACGCGCUCGUCGGGUUUUAUAACCCUGUCGGCCCCAGGAAGAGACCAAUAACCAGAGGGGACUCCGCCCGGCUACCCGCCCCUCUGAGCGAGCUGGGGAGCUCGUGCGCGUGUGACAUUUGGGGAAAGCCUUCAGCCGGCGGAAGACUUCCCUGCACUUUCCUCUCCCUUUCUGUCCAACACCGUCUACCUCAAGAGCAUCCGACGAGGCUUCCUGUUUGCCUCCGAGCCGAGAUCAGAACUGCUCGGAGCGGGAGAAAGAAGGUUUCCUGUUCGGCAAAGGGAGCUGCUACUGCUGUUGCGUGGCUGGUGAAACGGACUCUGGACGGAGGGGAGAGAUCUUUUUUGGAAGAUGCACACGACCCAGAAGGAUACCACGUACACCAAGAUCUUCGUCGGGGGUCUUCCCUACCACACCACGGACUCCAGCCUCCGGAAGUAUUUCGAGGUCUUCGGCGAGAUCGAAGAAGCCGUAGUCAUCACCGACAGGCAGACGGGCAAAUCCCGGGGAUACGGAUUUGUGACAAUGGCUGAUCGAGCUGCUGCUGAAAGGGCCUGCAAAGAUCCUAAUCCAAUAAUUGAUGGCAGAAAAGCUAAUGUGAAUCUUGCAUACCUAGGAGCAAAACCAAGAAUUAUGCAGCCAGGUUUUGCCUUUGGGGUUCAACAGCUCCAUCCAGCCUUAAUCCAGAGACCCUUUGGGAUCCCUGCUCAUUAUGUAUAUCCACAGGCUUUUGUGCAACCUGGAGUGGUUAUUCCACAUGUCCAACCUACAGCGGCUGCUUCCACCACACCCUACCUUGAUUACACUGGAGCUGCAUAUGCUCAGUAUUCUGCUGCUGCUGCUGCCGCUGCAGCUGCUGCAGCCUAUGACCAAUAUCCCUAUGCAGCUUCCCCAGCUGCUGCAGGAUAUGUCACCACUGGGGGAUAUGGCUAUGCAGUCCAGCAACCUAUCACUGCAGCAGCACCCGGGACAGCUGCAGCAGCAGCUGCUGCUUUUGGCCAAUACCAGCCACAGCAACUGCAAACAGAUCGUAUGCAAUAGCAGAUGGACCUGGCAAGAAAGCAUUCUUUGUUGUUAUUCCUAUCAUUUUACCUUCAAGCCUUCCAAUAGAAAUAGUUUUUAAAAAGGCAAUUAACUUUUAAGUAAUCCAGCUUUAAAGAACGCUACAAUGCAAUAGAAUAUUAUAAGAACAAAUACCACUGUCUUUAAACGUUAUGCCUCCCAUAGAAUGAAUAUUGUGGGAUAGGUAUUGUACGAGUUUCUAAGUAUCAAGCAUCAUCCUAUCAUGAAAGCAUAACCAAAGUAACCAAAACUGAUUUUUAAAAAUAAGGUGCAUUUUACAGUAUCCGGGGUAAAUAGUUCAGGUGAGCAAUAUGUAACCUGCAUCAAGUUGAAGAUUACUAUUAUUUUAUUUUAAAUAUUGAAAGCACUGACUGUCAUUGCAACUUUUCGGUACAGCCUAUUUUUGGAGUGAAUGAGUAGAGAAGUAUUUUUUGACGAUCUCAUCGUGGGCUUCGAACAAACUAAGAAAUACGGCCCUUGGGAGGUGAGGAAAGGGUAGACAGCACCAAAGUUAUUUUCUCAUCUGUCCUCUCUAUGAAUGGGACUAUGGAGCAAGUGGUGUGGAAUAAAAGGGUGUAACAGCUGUACAGACAAUUAAUGACACAGCCCGUUCUGGAAAGAACACAUCACUUGUUCUCAUUUGAUGAGCUUGUCACAUUCUAAUCCCUCUCCCCAUCCUGUUUCACUUUUAGGAAAUUUUGACUGCUGGUGUCAGCUAUUCUGAUUCUGAAAUAGGAUCAGCUGUCUACUACAACAGCUUUCUCUUUAUAUUUACUGUAUCUAUUCAUGGCUUGCGAAUAAAGGCAGGAAGAAAUUUGCUGAAUUUAAAUAUUUAACAACUGUACUAGGGAAUGCUUUUUGAAAUGAUUUGUACACAAAUUAAUUCCUAUUUAAAUAUUUAUUUGCAAAACAUAGGUCUCUUUCAUGCGGCUACUUGUUGAGACUGCAAUUCUUCAAAGGUUAAUUCUAUGUGAGCUAUAUUGUGCCUUAAUUGUAAUGCUAUUUAAAGAUAUAUUUAUUUUGAAAGUUGUACGAUGCUGCAUUCUAAAGAAACCCACUUUAGAUGUGAAACUGUAAAAUAUUGUAUUCAUCUCAUGGUGUAAGUUAUUUAGCAGGUUUAGCAGUAGUAGAUGAAAUAAUCUCAGUAAUUAAAGAUGCUGACAUAGGUUUAUUAUCUUCAAUAAGCAUAACUUUUAAAAGCUUUUGGAAAGGUUUUGAUCUUUAAAAUGCUAGUUUCAUGAUUUUCCCUCUGUUUCACUGACUGUAUACCUGUUUUCUUGGAUGAAAGUUUGGAAGAAAACCAGUAGGUUAUCAGUGAAGCUUACUUACUCUGAAGUGUGCUAAGAUACUCCAUGUGCUCGUUCAGGAGUAAGACUCAAUAAAUUACUGUUGUCUAUAAUAGGAGCUAUACUUACAUCAUUGGUCACAUCCAUCCAUAAUAAUGUCUGCAAAUGGAGACCAUGUGAAUUGACUGAACGAUACAGGAAAUAAGCAUAUGAUUUGUCCAAUCCAUGAGUUUCUAUGUAUAGACUCUCUUGGUUGCACAUGCAACUGAAUUGCAGAUAAAUAGCUCCGGUGCCGUAACAGUAAUGCAGAAUUGUGUCUGAGUUCCACUGAUCUUGAUGGGACUUAUUCUCAACCAGAUAUAUUAAUGAUAAAGACUGAAGCCCCAAUCUUAAACACAGUAUGUGCAGACAACUUCCCAUAAAGCAACACCCAUAAUGUAUUUAGAGUGGGUUGUUGGUAUUUUCUUCUACAAAAAAAGGGUCAUUUUUCAGUUUCAUCUCUAUAUAGAUCAACUAUUAUUCCUUUGCUAGGAAAUGCUGCUUUACAUUUGUCCUGUGAAACUGCAAUAACUUGUAAUUUUUAUUCUUGACCUAAAUGAAAUUUAAUAUUUUAGACUGUAUUGGAAUCUUUUUAUACUUGAACAAUUUCAUAAAAGGGAAGACAGGAUAGCAUUUUUAUGGAUUUCUCCAAUGUCACUGGAUUUAUUUUGAAUACUAGCCAAUGUUAUAUAAGAUAUAUAACAUGACUCCUGUGCAUGUUAUUUAUUAUGUAUAUUGCUUUAUAAUGUUUCAGAUCUUCUAAUCUAUAUACUUGUAUUAAAAUAAUAAAAAUGUCAUUGAAUCCAA